AUGCAAGCCCCAGCUCUCCAGUUAUCGGCGUUUGGACAGGGCUCGCUUUCCGCGAGCACGUGUUGGUUUGUUGAUUAUUCAACAGCAAGUGAUAUCAGUAAUACAUUUUUGGAGCCAAUAUCUGCUUCUCGUAAUACAGUUAAUAACAGUUACAAAUGGACCAGGGAUUAUCGAAUACAAAGUAUAUUCGAAAACGUCAGCGAUUCCAACAUCUAUACUGGAUUUCAUCGAAUUUGCUCUCGUUUGGAGAACGGUGCAAUUGGUUCAAUAUCGAGUUUAGAUAACCCUAAAACACGUCUACUCGAAUCAUUUAUGAAUCGUUUACGAGUACCAAUGAGUUCGUUAGAUUAUUUCGAUUAUAAUAAACAAUUUGAUGCUGUUA